AUGGGCGAGGCAAGCAUCGUCGCUUCCAACUGGCGCCUCGUGGAGGUCGGCCGCGUCGUCCUCCUCCAGGGUGACAGCCCGUACGCCGGCCGUCUGGCAGCUAUUGUCGAGAUCAUCGACCACAAGCGCGCUCUCGUGGAUGGUCCCGCCUCAGACUCCAAGCUCGCCGUUCCCCGGCAAGCAAUCUCCCUGUCCGAAGUUCUCCUCUCCGACUUCGUUAUCGCCAAGCUGCCCCGUGGUGCGCGCACAGGAACCGUCAAGAAGGCUUGGGAGAAGGCCGAGAUCGACUCAAAGUGGAAGGAGUCCAACUGGGCCAAGAAGCAGCUGCAGAAGGAGCGACGGGCGCAGCUGACCGACUUCGACCGAUUCAAGGUCCUCCGCCUCAAGAAGCAAAGGCGAUUCGAGCAGCGAAAGGCUCUGGCGAAGGUUAAGGCUUCAGCAUAA